CAUUAUCACAGAUGAUUUACAGAAUAGACUGGAUGUGUAAUGUAAUUUUUAGCAAUUGCCAAUUAUAUUCUUAAAGUGUAAUUUUAGUGUCGCGUCCAACGUUACCGACAAACAUGAAAUUUCAGUUUGGAAGCUACUUCUCACCGGUCUGUUCGCCUAAUUGCACGAACCAUGGAGUUCCCAAGCUCUGGUGUGAUCGGCAGCAAAAUGGCAGCGAGCGACUCUCACGCGGACGACAGCCUUUAUCCGAUUGCUGUUUUGAUUGACGAACUAAAAAACGAAGAUGUACAGUUACGGCUGAACUCAAUAAAAAAAUUAUCCACUAUUGCUCUUGCUUUAGGCGUUGAACGAACACGUAGUGAAUUAAUACCGUUUUUAACGGAGUCUAUGUACGACGAAGAUGAAGUUUUACUAGCAUUGGCAGAACAACUUGGACAAUUCACACCUCUUGUGGGAGGUCCAGAAUAUGUUCACUGCUUAUUGAAACCAUUAGAGUCUUUGGCCACAGUUGAGGAAACAGUAGUACGAGACAAAGCAGUGGAAUCUUUGAGAACAAUUGCUGCUCAACACAGUCCACAAGAUUUGGAAGAGCAGUUUGUUCCCUUGAUUGAUCGGUUAGCAGGAGGAGAUUGGUUUACCUCAAGAACUUCGGCAUGUGGCCUAUUCAGUGUCUGUUAUCCACGAGUUAGUCCAUCGGUUAAAGCAUGUCUACGAAGUCAUUUUCGUAAAUUGUGCCAAGAUGACACGCCAAUGGCACGUCGGUCUGCUGCUUCAAACUUAGGAGAAUUUGCAAAAGUUAUGGAAAUUGAAUAUGUGAAAGCAGAUUUAAUUCCUAUGUUCGUUAUUCUAGCACAAGAUGAACAAGACUCUGUACGCCUCUUAGCUGUUGAAGCUUGUGUCAGCAUUGCAGCUUUGUUACCACAAGAGGAUGUAGAACAAUUAAUCAUGACCACACUUCGGCAAUGUACAGCUGAUCAAUCAUGGCGUGUACGCUACAUGGUGGCAGAUAAAUUUACUGAUCUACAAAAAGCUGUUGGUCCAGAAAUUACAAAAGUAGAUCUUGUACCAGCAUUUCAAGUACUGUUAAAAGAUAUAGAAGCUGAAGUAAGAGCCGCUGCAGCAGAUAAAGUUCGUGAUUUUUGUCAAAAUCUUGACAAAUUCAAUCAAGAAUCUAUAAUUAUGACAAAUAUAUUACCUAUAGUUAAGGAACUCGUAUCAGACCCUAAUCAACAUGUGAAAUCAGCUUUAGCAAGUGUUAUAAUGGGCCUCAGUCCAAUACUUGGGAAACAUAACACGAUCGAACAUCUUUUACCUUUAUUCUUGUCACAACUUAGAGAUGAAUGUUCAGAAGUACGACUCAACAUUAUCAGUAAUUUAGAAUGCGUUAAUGAAGUUAUUGGCAUACAACAGCUUUCACAGUCGCUUUUGCCAGCUAUUGUGGAGUUAGCUGAGGAUUCAAAAUGGCGAGUAAGAUUAGCCAUUAUAGAGUACAUGCCAUUAUUAGCUGGACAGCUUGGAGUUGAAUUCUUUGACGAGAAAUUAAAUUCUUUAUGCAUGACAUGGUUGGUAGAUCACGUGUACGCUAUUAGAGAAGCAGCUACAUUAAAUUUGAAAAAGUUGGUAGAAAAAUUCGGCCCGGAAUGGGCACAAAAUACAGUAAUACCAAAAGUUCUAGCAAUGUCGAGAGAUCAAAAUUACCUUCACAGAAUGACGUGUCUGUUUUGUAUCAACGUAUUGGCUGAAGUGUGUGGUCCAGAAAUUACAACAAAGGUAAUGCUUCCAACUGUGUUAGCAAUGGCCACCGACAACGUUGCCAAUGUACGAUUUAAUGUUGCAAAAACUCUCCAAAAGAUUGGACCUUUUCUUGAGCCUUGUGCAGUGCAAGGUCAAGUAAAGCCUGUACUUGAUAAGCUCAAUACUGACAGCGAUGUCGAUGUGAAAUACUUUGCUUCAGAAGCAAUUGCAGGCAUCGCAGGUUGAGCAAGAAAAGAAUUGCAUUUAAAUUUUAUCCAUCAGUAUCCAACUUCGACCUGAAGAAGUAACCUGCCGCAAUAUUUACACUUACACAUGGCAACAGGUAACAUUAUUGCACAGUCAGAGCAGAUCUAAUGUCGAGAAAUAUAAACUUCAAAUUAGUAGUUCAUAUUAAGCGAUAUUUUAAGUUCUGUUAUAUCUGUAUAUCUAUUAUUAUAUUACUUAUUAAAUAUUCAAUUUAAUUGGUAAAAUGUAUUUCUUACACUUACCUAAAUAAUUAUCGAAAAAAUAAUAUAACAUACCUCGAAAUCAUUCCUAAAAAAAUCAGACGCCUCAUUAUAAUCUGCUCUUCCGCAUAUACUGGUAAAAAAUUUUCUUUCAUCUUUUAUCAAUGUUUUAUUAAGCAGUAUUUUAAUUUGAUAUGUAUACGUAAUAUUGUUAAGUAUUGUCUUUAUAAACAGAAUAAUAAAUUAAUAAUAAUCAAUG